AUGGCCUCUGCUCGCUCUCUGCUGCGGUUGGGCUCUGGCCGUUCGUUGGCUUCGGCCGCGCGGUCGUCCCGGAUGUGCCGUCCUUUCUCAACGACCCCUCUGCUGAAGGAGUCCAUUCCCGAGCCUCCUAACAUGCGCCAGGCUCAGCGUCCUCCUGAGGGUGCCCUUCGCGCCCCCGUCGUCAACCCUGCCGACAAGUAUCAGGAUAAGGCCGAUGCCCUACACCAGUACGGCCAGUACAUCAUGUCCUGCCUGCCCAAAUACGUCCAGCAGUUUUCCGUGUGGAAGGAUGAACUGUCCAUCCACGUUCCCCCCUCGGGCGUUAUCCCAUUGAUGAGCUUCCUGAAGUACCACACCGCCGCCGAGUUCACCCAGAUCUCCGAUAUCACGGCCGUCGACUACCCUACAAAGGACCAGCGUUUCGAGGUCGUCUAUAACAUGCUUAGCGUCCGUCACAACUCUCGCAUUCGCGUAAAGACCUACGCCGACGAGGCUACUCCGGUCCCCAGUGUCACUGGUCUGUUCGAGGGAGCUCUCUGGUACGAGCGUGAGGUGUACGAUAUGUUCGGUGUUUUCUUCACCGGCCACCCCGAUCUGCGUCGUAUCAUGACCGACUACGGUUUCGACGGCCAUCCUCUGCGCAAGGACUUCCCCUUGACCGGUUACACUGAGCUCCGAUGGGAUGAAGAGAAGAAGCGCAUUGUCAUUGAGCCUCUUGAGCUUACACAAGCUUUCCGGAACUUCGAGGGUGGUACUGCCGCCUGGGAGGCUGUCGGACCGGGCCAGGACAGGACCCCCGAGUCGUCAGCCGACAACAAAAUCGACACAACAACUAAAAUGCCCAAACGCAAACUCUCCGACCGGGACUCUGCUCCCAAAGAGCGCACAUACAACGUCCAAACCAUGCGACUGACGCAAAAGUUCGAGCAAGGCGUCAUCCUCCUAUCGCGUGCGCUCAAGACCGCCCGGGGGUUCGAGAGACAAAAAUUAGGGAGAAGAGAAAAAACCGCAAAGGCGCAGGGGAGUUCGGAGACGUUGCAGAGAAUUGCGGAGGAAGUUGCCUUUAUCAAGACUCUUGACCCGGUCGCUACGGCGCAGAAAUAUCUUUAUAAACAGCUAGUCAAGACGAAACGGAUCGCCGAGGCGCCUGCUUUUGUUCAGUUUCAAGAAUCUAAGAAAAUUUCUGCGGAGAGUCCGCGGAGUACGGCUGAGGCGAAUGUUACUGCGCGGUUGUAUAAGUCUAAUCCGGUGAAGAAUGUGUUUCCGAAUGUCAUGACCGAUAUCAGAAAGGUGCUGGGGGUGGAGGAAGUUGCAGGUGGGAAGAAGGAGAAGGGCAAAGAUGCUGGACAAAAAGUAAAUGCGCCUAAGACCAAGACUGCACAACGGGCUAUAUCCGUGUCGGAUAGUGAACCGGAGGAUUCGAGACGGGUUGCGGAGUCUGACGACAAGGAGGGAGAUACAGUUAUGAGCGAUACCGAAAGCAUAGACUUUGCGCAAUUCGAUUCAAGGCUUGCGUCUGGCUCAGAGGAUGAGGGUGAGGAUAGGGAAGAUGGUUCCGCGAGUGACGAUGGUGGCGUGGAUCUGAACGCGCAUUCUGAAAUGUCUAUUUCCCGGUCUCCAUCGCCGGACUCUCCACCAGCUAAGAAGAAAAAGGCCAAGACUAGCAAGACAUCAAGUACUCCGGCUACUAGCACAACAUUCCUCCCUUCCUUAACUAUGGGUGGAUACUUCUCCGGCUCCGAAUCUGAACCGGAAGAUAUCGAAGGGGAGCAACCACGUCGGAAGAACAGGAUGGGCCAGCAGGCGCGUCGCGCCUUGUGGGAAAAGAAGUAUGGUACGGGAGCAAACCAUCUAAAGCAGCAGCCAAAGCAGAGUCGGGAUCGUGGCUGGGAUCUGCGUCGGGGUGCGACGGAUGGCUCUGAAGGCCCAAGGGGACGGCGCGGCCCGGUACGAAGUGCAGUUGGGAGGCCUCAACAUUAUGGAGAUCGUCCUCAGCGUGGUCCUCCUAGACAGAAUAGAAUGCCCCAGGAUGACAAGCCGUUGCAUCCUUCCUGGGAGGCAGCCAAGCGGGCUAAAGAACAGAAGACUAUGGCCUCAUUCCAGGGUAAGAAGGUCACUUUCGAUUAA